UAUGUACGGAUUCGGCAAUGAUGGGUCUACAGGCUUUUCUGGUACUUGCUCUGAUCAGCGUAGCAGCAGCAGCGCCAUGGAGGUGUUAUAGUACAUGCGACGGCAGCACAGUAUGCAUUGGAGAAACUGGACAGCCAUCCAUCAGCCCACCCUCGAUCUGCAUCGGCAGGCCUUGCCCACCAUGCACAGGACCAGCCACUGUCUACACCCCGUGCCAGUGCCCUUGCCCUUGCCCUCCCCCACCCUGCCCAUGCCCCGCUCCCUGCCCAUGCCCGUGCCCAUGCCCACCCCCAGCCUGUCCUUGCCCGUGCCCUUGCCCCUGUCCAGAGCCACCACCACCAGCAUGCCCCUGCCCCUGCUACUAAAUAAAUAAGAGAAAAAUAUUUUGGAUAUCAUUUUUUGGAUAAUAUGAUUUUAUUUUUAGAAUUGGAACGAAAUAAAAAAUUUGAAUUUUUUUUUCAAAAAAAUGUAAUCGUUUUUUUGGUAUAGAAAAUAUGUCAUUGGUAUUUGGAUUUGGAAAAAAAAUAAUAUAUUGAA